AUGAUAAAGAGUUUAUCUUCAAAAUGGAUGUUGAUAUCAACAGCUGCGAGACAACAAACAACAACAUCGUCAUUAGCUAGCUGUAAAAAAAGAUGUAUUUCAUCAUUUAGUUAUAACACUAAUAAUAAUAAAAAUAAUAGUUAUAUCAAUACAACUACAACAACCAAUCUAAACUAUAGAAACACAACAUUAAAUAUAAAUAAUAUCAUAUUGUCAACAACACCAUUACAAUCAACUACUGUAUCAUCAUCAUCGAACUACCAACAAAAGAGAAAUAUUUUUGGUGUAUUUACACAAACACCAGAUCAAGUACAUAAAUCGUUAAGCAAGACAUUAAAGUAUACACCUGAACAAGUUUAUAAUGUCGUAUCAAAAGUACAAGAGUAUAGAGACUUUUUACCAUUCUGUAUCGAUUCGAGGAUCACAAAGAUAGUUACACCUGGAAAAUGUUUUGAAGCGAUAUUGACAGUUGGAGCAGGUGCCGUCAAUGAAAGCUAUACUUCCAAGGUGACACUCGACCAUCUCACCUAUAUCAAUGCCAGUUCAAUAGACUCUACCAUAUUUCACAAUCUCUCCUUUACUUGGAGAUUCAAAACUGGUCCAUCUACAGACACUUGUACUGUCGAUUGUCAAUUGGACUAUCAAUUCAAAUCAUCAUUACAUUCAACCAUGAUGGACCAAUUCUUUGCCAAUUCACUUGAAUCAAUGAUCACUGCAUUUGAUAAAAGAUGUGAUCAACUUUACCACAAUAACAACAAAGGUCGACGAUAA